UGUUGGUUUCUUAUCUUUACUUGUCUUCACUGUUCUUUCAAUUGUUUUUUAAACGUUUAACUUAUUUGCAGUUUGUUCUUGUCCAUCUGUUUUCUAUUCUUGGAUGACGCUUUCAAACUAGAAUUCUCGUCGUUUUCUUCUUCUUCAUCUCCUGAAUAAGCUUUUGUUGCUCUGUUCGAGAUACUCAUGCUGCUGAUGCUUGUUUAAUCGGGUCUAUUAUAUUAUAUAUCAAAACGCAUGCAUUUCCCUGCAAUUUCUUUUCUUUUCUUUUCCUCUCUUUGCUUUCAACUUUCCCGCUCUGAAGCUUAAACAAAGUAGAACAGAUUUUUUUCUUUCACAAAAACUCUUACACAGUAGAUAUACAAGGAGCAAAAACCUCUGUUACUACUCAAUCCUAUUCUUGCUACUUGCUUCAGCGUGGUUUCUGCCUUGUUUAUCUUUCUGAGGUGUAACUUUUACUCGUUUUCCUCUAGAAAAAGCAAAGCAAUAAAGAUGAAUACAAGAGUUCGCACUGCUCUUCAGUCUAUGGGGUCCCCUUUAAAGCAUGAAAAAAAGGAAGAAAUGGAGACUCAGGGGAGCAAAGGACUUGGUGCCGGCAAAGCUGUCUCCAACCGGCGUCGAUCCUAUGGGGAAAGGAAAAUGGCCUUAUUACAAGAUGUUGAUAAGCUAAAGAGGAAGCUCAGACAUGAAGAGAAUGUUCAUAGAGCUUUGGAAAGGGCAUUUACUAGGCCUUUGGGGUCUCUUCCCCGUCUUCCUCCUUAUCUCCCUCCAUAUACAUUGGAACUACUUGCUGAAGUAGCUGUUUUGGAAGAGGAGGUUGUUAGGCUUGAAGAACAAGUUGUGAAUUUUAGGCAAGGUCUGUAUCAGGAAGCAGUUUACAUUUCCUCUAAGGGGAAUGCUGAGAAUUCAAAUGAUUCUGAUCAAUUGUCUCUUAGAAGUCAUAAACACCAGCGGUCUAAAUCUUUCUCCUGUAAUGAGAUCAAUUCGGCAUCAACGCCAGCCAGGCCUCAACCUUCUCUUGGCCGAAGUACUUCAAGCAGAAAGAUAUCGUCCACAGAUGCCAUCAAUGAUCGAACGACAUCACACUGUUUUAUUAGGACAUUGAAUGGAAAACAAUCUUCAGUUAAACCCAAUUCCUCUUCAUUUCAUUCUGAAGAUAGGCAAGGAAAAGAGAACCGUUCAUGUUCCAACUCUAUGAAGGAUAAGCAAUCUCCAAAAAAGAAAAUUGCCAAAGUUGUUACCCCAGUUAAGAGACUUCCAAUCAAGAAUGAAUCACAUGAUCCCAAGGGUGUUGAUCGUUUGAAGUUGCAGCUUGAAUGUAGAUUAGAGGACCAGGAAAAAGCACAAGAGAGCUGUUCUGGUUCAUCCAAUGAUAGAUUAUCAGAAGUUGACAUCUCACCAAACAAAUUAUCUGAGGAUAUUCUUCGAUGCUUGUGUAGAAUUUUUGUAAGGAUUAGCACACUGAAGGACAAAGCAGUGGAUUUUUGUGAAAGCAAUGGAGGAAGUACUUGGGCUCCUUUUGGUGCCCACUCUGAAGUCAGCCAAGGUGAUAUUGGUCCAUAUAAGAAUCUCUGUGCAAUUGAAGCAAGCUCACUUGAUCUCAACCGAACCACAAAUGCAUUGUUUCUGAUUCAUAGGCUGAAGUUCCUGUUUGGGAAGCUUGCUGUUGUCAAUUUAGAAGAUCUUACUCAUCAACAAAAGCUUGCAUUCUGGAUUAACACUUACAAUUCAUGCAUUAUGAAUGCAUUUCUAGAACAUGGGAUCCCAGACACUCCUGAAAUUGUUGUGGCAAUUAUGCAGAAGGCAACUAUAGUUGUGGGGGGACACUUGCUCAAUGCAAUAACAAUUGAGCACUUCAUCUUGAGAUUGCCAUAUCACUUAAAAUUUACAUAUCCCAAAGCUGCUAAAAAUGAUGAGAUGAAAGUGCGCAGUAUAUUCGGAUUGGAAUGGCCUGAGCCCUUGGUUACAUUUGCACUCUGCUGUGGGAGCUGGUCCUCCCCUGCUGUGAGGGUGUACACUUCAUCUCAAGUUGCAGAAGAGUUGGAAAGUGCCAAGAGGGACUAUCUACAUGCAGCUGUUGGCAUUUCAAGCACAAACAAGUUGAUAAUCCCCAAGCUGCUGGAUUGGUAUCUUCUUGACUUUGCAAAGGACUUAGACUCAUUACUGGAUUGGAUUUGCCUGCAGCUACCAGAUGAAAUCAGAAGUGCUGCACUUAAAUGCCUUGAGAGAAAGAACAGAGAGCCCAUUUCCCACUUGGUGCAAAUAAUGCCAUAUGACUUCAGUUUCAGGUUGCUUUUACACCGGUAAUUCUUUGUCUCUUUAAUUCUGUGGCCUACUUCAUAUACUGGUAUAGUGGACACAGUGCCAAUACAUAUAUAGGUAGCUUUUGUAAACAAUUGAGGGGAAGAAAUAAAUUUUUUGUUUUUUUUUUCCACA